CUUAUCAUUUUGAACAGUAACAGCCACCUCUAUGAAGAUGCUGGUCCUGAUGCUGUCACUUUUUCUGAUAAUCUACGGUUCGUCCCAAAACAUCACUCCAUCAAGCUCUGCAGAAGCCUUGUCUUCUUCAGCAUCGCCGUCGUCGUCGUCGUCAUCAUUUUCAAAGUCACAUUCAUCAUCAUUGCCUGAAUUGACGCCUUCAUGGACGUUUGUCUCUCGCUCUUUGCCUUCUUCAUCUAUAUCAGGCCUUGCAAAUCCACCAAGUGCCAUUUGGCCUACAUCAUCAUCUGUUGUUGCUGUUGCAUCGUCAGUAUGCGGAAGUACGAUGACUGAAAAAACUGGUGUAAUUGAUGAAGCUGGCAGCCCAUCAUACUACAAAACUUGUAACUGGAUGAUUUAUACACCAGUUGAGGACUCCACCAUACUUCUGGUUUUUGAAAAUCAUACCGUCAAUUGCUGGAACUCGUGGACUUCGAUACGGACCUGGAGACAAAGCAAGGAUCUUUGCCAAGGAGGGGACCCAUUUGCAAUUUUGGUGUUGGGCGGGAAUGUCACAGUCAGUCUUUUCUCGCACAGUUCUUAUUUUAGAUUAAAGGUCCAUUAUUUUGCGCUGAACAAUACACCAGAAGCUCUUCACCAACCUGAAUGGAAUGUAACAGUCGUAAAAGUUAGCUCCACAGAGAUCGAACUCAGUUGGUCUAGGUCGAAUACUGACGGCUCAAAUUCCUACUCCAUAUUUGGUUAUGUUGCUACCUUGCACAUGCUAUGGAGUGACAUACUUCAUACCAGUGACAUACUUCUGAUGAAUGUGGAAAAUGCUUCCUCCUCAAACACAAGUUCCUCCUUCUUGAGUACGGUGGUGAGAGGACUUAGACCCUACACAAAAUACCGAGUGAAAGUUCUGGCCCUUCUCAGAAACCACAUGACUGGUAAAAUUUCACCAAAAAGCGGCACAGUUGUUGAGGUUCAGACUCUCGAGAGCGUUCCCAGUGCUGUUCCACGGCUGUAUGCUAGGAGCCAAGGUUUCAACAGUCUCUGGAUUAGGUGGGUUUCAAUAUCUAGCGAAGAGGCAAAUGGAAUUCUUCUUGGCUACACAGUGUACUACAGACCUUAUAAUUCAAACGACAGCUUCACGAAUAUUAGUGUGAAUAUUAACGUGGAUGCUAUAACUAUAACCGGUCUGAAAAAUGCUACAGGAUAUGAGAUCAGAGUUACCGGUCGUACAUCCGUUGGGGAAGGUGCGGAACGUUUUACAUAUGCUCAAACAGAGUGUGGAGAGAACUUUGAUAAGCCAUCAGGUGAACUCAGUAUCAACAGUGGAUCCCAGUUCUAUUAUUAUAGACGUUGUACUUGGUCAAUUGGAUCUCCGGUUGCGAAUUCAAGCAUCCUUCUUCUUUUUGAAGAAUACCGACCUGGUGAAGACUGGACAGAAGUCUAUAUCAGAAGUGCGAGGGAAGGAAAGUGGCUGGACAGAUAUCAAAUUGUGCCUUCGGCAGUUUUGGUGUUGGACAGCUUUGUGACAGUCCGCAUUUACAAAAGAAGUAAUAACUAUCUACUGAAAGCUCACUAUUUUAUUAUGAACAACUCGCGCUCCGAUGUAGUCUAUCAACGUGGUUGGAAUGUCACAAUAAGUAACGUCAGCUCCAGAGCAAUUGGUGUCAGUUGGCCUCCACUAAGUACCACCAGCUUAAACUCCACUUAUAUAUAUGGCUAUGUAGUUUUCGUUCGCAUGCUUUCAAAUGGUAUGGGGGACAUACUUGUACAGGAAGAAGCAAAUUUUACUUCCUUGAGCACAGUGGUGAGUGGACUGAGAGCCUACGUGAAAUACCAAGUAGAAGUUGUUGCUUUUCUCAAGGAUCGUAUCAGUGGUAAAUUAUCCUUGAAAACCAGCGAAAUUGCUGAAAUUCAAACUGCAGAGGGGGCACCCUUUCGUAGACCUUCGUACAACAGGGUCUUUGCAUUGGAUUAUCAGAGUGUUUUUGUGAGUUGGUAUGCAUUGCCUCAGGAGGAUAGUGGUGGCUUUCUGCGAGGAUACAGAGUGUUUUACCAAGAAUACCGGACCCAGCAAAUCAAAAAUGUUACUGUGGGACCAGAGCAGCGGCAGGUUAUCCUGACUAAUUUUGAGCCAGGAACGGAUUACAUCAUUGCUGUCACUGCGUUUACAGCUAAGGGUGAAGGUCCAAGGAGCUCUUAUCGGAUCAGAACACUGUGUGGUGAACUCCUUUCCGGUCACUUUGGAGUUAUUUCAAGUGCCGGGUUUCCUCAUUACAUCGAUCGGGAUGAAUGUAUUUGGAACUACACCGCUCCUGACAAUAACUCAGUGUUCUUUCUCACAUUUCAACGCUUGGAUUUACCGUUUACAUGGGACUGCAGUCGUUUUCACAUGGAGAUCAAUAAAGGACUGGACGUCGAGAGGAUUUGUGGCAGAAGGGACGGAUUAACAAUUGUUUGGGAGGGUCCUUCCUUGCAGUUGCGUUAUCACUCGCGACGCUGGACAUCUUUGGCAACUGGUUUCAGGGCCCAAUAUCACGUACUUAAUAAGUCAUUAACCGAAGCCCCUCGUAUACAAGGCUGGAAUAUAACGGCUGAGAGUACCUCCUCUACAACAGUGUUGGUGACAUGGCCGGAUAACACUCUUGCCCUUUCGAUGAAGGAUAUUAUCGGCUUCAUUGCAGCUUGCACCGCAACUGAAAUCAAAGGUACCUUACGUCUAGCUGCAGCGAAUUCUUCGUCCUUCAGAACUUUGGUGCAGAGGCUCUUGCCUUAUACAGAAUACAAGGUUCAAAUGAUUGCCUUAUCCAAAAGUCAAAGUAAUGAAUCCGUUUCAAUGGGAAGCAGCGGUGUUGUGGUACUCAGGACAAAGGAAGACGUUCCUUCAAAGCCACCAAGUAACAUCACGGCAUACGCGACAAAUUCUACAACUAUACGGCUUACAUGGUCUCCCAUAAAUGAACCUGACAUCCGAGGAGAACUGCAAGGUUACCUGGUUCAGUAUAAGGAGGCUUGGACACAAGAGAGCUAUCACAAUAUGUCUGUUGGGCCUCUAGUUUCGUCCGUUCUACUAAAAGGCCUGAAAGUUUUCACACUGUACAGAAUCUACCUCGCUGGGUUUACAAGAGCUGGUGUUGGGUUUCAAAGUCAACCACAUUUCCCCAAAACGGGUUGCCUGUUUAUUGUACCCAGCGAUGUUACAGACUUCGCCAGUCCUAACUUCCCCAGUAAUUAUCCAAGUAACGCCAACUGCACUUGGGUGAUAGGUCAAGGAAUGGAAUUGAAGGAAACGAAGAUCAUACUGUUCUUCGAUCAUUUGCAUACAGAAGGUUUUGGUACUCCAUGCAGCUCGGAUUAUAUUCAAGUGAGCGACAAAUCUCAGAGUAUAAAAUGGAAAUUUUGUGGAAAGCAGCCUCCAUUUGCUGUCACCUUCACUGAAAGUUCCUUUACAGUGCGUCUGUAUUCAGACAAUGGAAUAGAGGAAAAGGGCUUCUACGCUCGAUAUCUUUUGGUGAAACAUGAAAUAGAUCUUGAUAUAGCGAUAAAAGAGGAGAACACGAAUUCAGCAUCAGCCGUAUUAGAGUGGAAAAAGACGCAAAAUGUUGGUGAAUUGAAGGGUUACAUUGUAUUGUACAAGUUGUCUCAGUCAUCGACGUAUUGGAAUGUCAUACGGACAAAUGGUACUCAAGUAUCGAUCAAUAACAUUCAGCCAAGAAAAGAGUAUACUGUCAGAGUGCUACUCUCAGCCAAGUCAAACGUCACUUACAUUAGUCGAACGUUCACCCUAGAAACUGGCGUAGUGCAAACUACUGGGGAGCCAACAAAUACACCGAGUCCUACAGCAGAAGUACCGAUGCAACUCAUGUACCCCUACGGUCCUUCCGCCGGUGAUUCGGAAAUCCCAAACACGUAUGAGUACUCGUGGCAAUGUUUCAAGAUCGAUAUUCCGGACGAUGGAAUGCAAUUCUUUGGCAAGCGUCACUAUAAAGUUUAUAUCUGUCGCAACGGAUUGCUGCAAUUUGAUUCACAAUGGCUUCCGUGGUGGCCAUACAAUUUCGGGGAACGUUGGUGGCUAAAGAAAAAGGCAAUGUUGGCGCCUUAUUGGUCUUUGACGGAUACGGACGAUUCUUUUGUGAUUCAGGGCUUUUCUAAAGUCUACUAUCACGUGUAUUCAGAUUCCGACCCAAGUUCUACUCCUAUGUUGAAGAGGGCCUCUUCUGACACCAACAAGCUGUUGUCGACCCCUUUGCCGACCGCUUUCAGGGCAUCAUGGGUGCUGGUGGUAACGUGGAAGAAUUUACGUCCGUAUCAGUAUCCUGUCAAUAUGGCAAACCAGGGAAAUACAUUUCAGUUGGUUUUGAUCACAGAUGGAGUGUACUCCUUCACAAUGUACAAUUAUCCAAACAACGGCCUGCAGUGGUCUGCUCCCAUCCAGAGAAUGUACUACAGGUAUUAUUCUAAAGCGCGCGGUUUGCCUGUGGUUGGUUGGAAUGCUGGAGACAAAGGAGAAAGGAAAUAUAACAUGCCACGAUCGGGUACCGUCAACAUAGAAACAAUUGACGGAAUAAGAGGCAACGCUGACAUGGUUGGAAAGUGGUUCUUCAGACUGGAAGAUUCCCUCGGAAAACUGAGCGCAAGGCAGGAGUGCAUUGACUGGUUCAAAGCGCAACCAGAUCCUCGAUUCUACACUGAAUACCUCGAACCUUGCCCUUGUAUAUUGAGACAAGCAAGGUGGGACGAAAGGUUCACAGUCAAUUGGAGAGACUGGCCGAGAAUGUGUGGUUACGCUCAGUUCCCCUCAUCAGCUGGUUGGGGCCAGGAAUGUUGUUAUUCCACUAACUGGCAAAGCUGGGGUGCUCUGCUUGUGGGAAGUCAUGGAGGAGGUUCUGCACAUCGAUACCACAAGUUGACGAAGGAAUUGAGGGCUAAAUACGACUCAAGCGAUGUACGAGGCUAUCAAAAGUGCUGUGUCAACUCAGACUUGUGCGACCUAUAUUACAGGAGGCGUCCAUCCGACGAUUGUGGAGAUUAUGUGGUUCCAGAAUGGAGUUGGCUUUGGGGUGACCCUCAUUUUGUCACUCUAGAUGGUAAAAACUACACGUUUAAUGGUCUUGGUGAAUACAUAAUGGCCGAUGCUCGUAAUGGAUUAUUUCAAUUACAAGCUCGGACAAAACUGGCUAAAGGCGAUGGAACAGCGACAGUGUUUUCUGCUGCAGCUGCCAAGGAAGGCAAUUCUAGUGUUGUUCAGGUUGAAUUGAACGAUACAGGAAUAAGCGUGCUAGUCGGUGGAGAGUCCUUUAAUUACACUAGCCUUUCAAACGAAUCUGUUACACUCAAUGGCUCUGUUGCUGUUGCCAAACCUGACAACAACUCCUUCUUAAUGGUUUUUUCAUCGGGAAUAUCAGUCACAGUGAAAGCUGUUUCAGGAGCACUUUCAAUUGUACUUGCUGCACCAAAGAGCUUCAAAAACCAAACAAAAGGCCUGCUAGGAACAUGGAAUGAUGAUCCUGAAGACGACUUUUUGACUCCCAAUGGGACCGUUUUGCCCUCAAGCGCAAAGAGCAAGGACAUUCAUUACAAUUUUGGUCUCCUUUGGCAGGUAGACAACAAGUCCACACUAUUUACAUACAAACCAGGAGAGAGCCUGAAAACUUUCGAAAAUACAUCUUUUGUCCCAAUGUUUCUGGAAGAUCUUUCCUUCCCAAAUGACACCUUACGCAAACAAGCAGAAGAAGCUUGCCAAGGAGAUGUCAACUGCCUAUUUGAUUCCGCCUCUACAAAGGAUGUUUCAAUGGGUGCAAGCACAAAAGCACUGUCGUCUACACUUGAAGAAGAGUCAUCUUCUCUAAAAAAUUACCCACCCUUGUUCGUUACACGACUCUCUCAGGUUAACGUCACCGUGAAUCAGAGUAUAAGUGUGACUGUGGUUGCAGAAGACCCAAACAACGACACCUUGGUAUUCUCUGUUUUCGGCGUUCUACCCCGUGCAGCUAUUCUACAGAACACUUCCAACUCUGUGUCAGUUUCGUGGAACGGAACAAACGAACAGAUUGAAUUAGAAUUCGUCGUAACAGACGAUCAGGGAGCAAAAGCAUUCUUGAGGCCCAUCAUUAAUCUCUGUGCUUGUCAUAAUGAUGGCGUUUGCCUUCAGUCAGCCAGCAACAAAAACUCAACGUAUGGAAGCAACAAGAUGAAUGUGCUUGAGUGUGGUUGUUUAAAUGGGUAUACAGGAACGUUCUGCGAAAGUGAUCUUGACGCAUGUGAAGCAAAUCUCAACCCAUGCUACCCCGGUGUAAAAUGCAUCGACCUUCCCCCUCCAGCAAAUAUAUCUGGCUACAAAUGUGGACCUUGUCCUAGUGGAUUCACUGGAGAUGGAUCCAAAUGUCGAGACUUUGACGAAUGUUCACUUGGUUCGAACGGAGGAUGCAGUCAAGUCUGUAUUAACACACCAGGCUCGUUCACAUGCGACUGUACAAAAGGAUAUUUGCUCAACAUUGACCAGAAGAAAUGUGAUGACGUCGAUGAAUGCAUUCCUGUCAGCGACUGUAUGCACAAGUGCGAAAAUACUAACGGUGGAUACCACUGUAGCUGCGAUAAUUUCUUCAAAAUGGACCCUUCAAAUCCCAAAAACUGUUUACCUGAUUCUCCUUGUCAGAAUGAUAAACAUAGUUGUCAGCACAUCUGUUAUCUUGGUUUAAACAAAGUUCAACAAUGCGCUUGUAGACGAGGCUAUCUUCUUGGAGGCGAUGGGAACACUUGCAAAGAUAUUGAUGAAUGUGCAACGAACAAGGAUAGAUGUAACCAUAAAUGCAGCAACACAGAAGGAAGCUAUACAUGUUCUUGUGUGGAUGGCUUUAGACUAGACGCUGAUAAUGUUACUUGCAUAGAUAUAGACGAGUGCUUGGAAUGGACCUUUAAAUGUCAGGAUUCGUUACAGCGUUGCGAAAAUACUCAAGGGUCUUACAAAUGCGUCUGUGAAGAGGGACUCUAUUGGAUUGACAAUACUUGCAAAGGCCUUGAUAAGGAUGAAAAACCACCUCCUCCAGCGCCCGCACCGACUCCAAGAAUCCCGUCCUUGAUUGAAAAACGUCAAGCGAUUAUAAUCGCAUUUAAAGGAAUGAACUUAUCUCAGUGGACCCUGCCUGUGGAGCAAGUCUUCAAAGGAGCAGUUGCAGAUUCUGUGACCAAUUUCUGUGGGGAAAGCAAACACUGUAUAACCACAAGACUUCGAAAAAGGAGGGCACUAGACUACGUCCUUUUCACAUCAGAUCAAGUUCACCUUCUUCCAGGUUAUCCAGAGAGAACCACGGAUCUUUUUCAGAUUCGAGUUGCAAUCUACGUCCAGUUCCCUCCUGGAGUUGCUACUGAUUCAGCUUCUGCCCUGGAUAAAAACAUUUUGUUGACAGUCAUCAAGACAUCUCGCGAAAAGUUGGAAAAAGCCCUGAACAUGACAGUAGUUAGCCUAACAAUUGCAUUCCUCGACUCUUCUACCGAAAGCAGUUUCACUGAGACUCCAAAAAUUGAUCAUGAAAUAUCAAAACGGUAUUUCAUUAUUGGAGGAGCAACAGCUGGGGCUAUAUUGAUCAUCAUACUUUGUGUUCUGGGAUGUCGCAGAAACUGCAAUUCAAAACGAGUGACGCCCGAGAAAAGGGUUGCCAACAACGAAGACGGCGACUUCGAGCUUCAUAGAAUCAAGGGUCAUUUUGACGAUCACCAAGAGGAAGGAAAAUUUUAUACCAACAAACAAGCCCUUCACACAGAUAAAGAAGCCAUUUAAGUGCUUUAAGCUUAAAACAGCUCUUUACAUAUACCUUCUGGGGUUUAGUUCUUUAGAAUGGGUGAGUAUGCAAAUAAGGUGCUGAUGGACUGAUGAUUUACAUAUGUGUGGUCAAAUUUUUCCAUGCGCCCUUUUAGAUCGUGUUUACAGCUCAAAAGGCGAUUAGCGAGAAAACUUAGUAGCGUGGGUUAGUGAGAAAGUGGUAAGAUUUUAAGGGAUACCUUGGGUUGUUCUCAGUCAUGUUAAAUAAUUUCCUUUGGAACCUUAAAAUAAAAAUCCACGAAAUACAUCAAAAGAGCAUUACAAUGUUGCCAGCAUUUUAAAACAUUAAGAACAGAAAACUGCUAGCAGUAGUAACAGCUACACUACUGCCCAAUUAACGCGUUUUUUCUAUUAAUAAUGGCUAUUAGUUGAAUAGUUAGGCGGUCCAGCUAGUGCAGUUUAGUGUUGGUUUUCCCCCAAUGGAAGUAAAUUGAGGUGGUGAAGAAACCGGAUCUCGUUACAUCAGUAUGCAGUUCUCUUGAGUGAAACGGGAAAAUUUUCCCAUUGGAAACGAUUUUUAGUAUCGCUUAGAGAUGCCUCACCCAUGAGAAUCAGAAUUUCGGGAGAAAGAAAUUCUUGAGAGAGUUUUCUAAAAUAUAAAAUAAAGCUUAGGUCCAUGCAGUGUUUAAUGUGUCUGUUCAACCUUUUAUAUGCUCAUUAUGCCCAUGAACCCGUGUGUCUGCCUCAUACAUGUAAAUUAGUAAACCAAACUUCUUCUGCCAUCUCACAAUUGUCAUUAAUGUGCAAAGGUGGGAACAUGUAUGAUAGUAACAGUUUUUCAGUAUAUCUAAUCUAUAUGUAUGAUUUUUUUUUCGUUUUUUGUUCUAUCAAGGGCUUUCGUUGGAUUUAUAAUAAAGGUGCAUAAUAAGUGA